CUCAAUGACUCAUAAAUCCCCCACAGACCCCAGUCCCCCAUUCCAUCUGAAGUCACCGCCAGCACCCAGCAUCGAGAUCAUCAUCCCGCCAAUGGCCUCUGCAGCUCCUCUAUCUCUCAUUCUUCUCGCCUUGGUGCCAUGUCUCUUCCUCAUCACUCCCCAAGUUGAUGGCCAAGCAGCGCCAGCCCCAGCCGCAGCAGGGCCAGUCAACCUGACGGCAAUCCUUGAGAAGGGUGGGCAGUACACCAAAUUCAUUCGACUCCUGGCAUCCACACAUGUCAUAGACCAGAUCGAGAACCAGCUCAACACCUCUACUCAAGGCCUUACGGUGUUCGCUCCUACUGAUAAUGCGAUCGACAGCCUAUCGGCUGGCACACUCAACGGACUCUCACAGCAAGACCAGUCUGCGCUGGUGCUGUACCAUGUCUUGCCUCAAUACCAAUCCCUUACCUCGUUUCAAACCAUUAGCAACCCUGUCCGAACUCAGGCAGGUGGCCAAUCAGGAUCCCUUACUCUCAAUUUCACUAGCAUUGCCAACAACCAAGUGAACGUCUCGACGGGCAUGGUCCAGACCCAAUUCAGCAAUGCUCUUCGAGACUCCCCACCCUUGGCGGUCUACCAGGUGGAUAAGGUGUUGUUACCACCGGAACUCUUCGGAGCUAAGCCUCCUACGUCGCCUCCUCCACCGGCGAAAGCGCCGCCAUCAAGUGCAUCGAACACGACCAAACCAUCGUCGGCUGGAGGGCCGUCAUCGUCGUCCACAGACAACAACUCGUCAGGUUCGAAAGAAAGGACGGUUGGGGUGGGUUUGGCUGUCGGGAUUGGGUUGAUGUGCUUGGGAAUUCUCUCGUGAGGAGAGAGAGAGAGAGAGAGAGAGAGAGAGAUUUUACUUGGUUUUCAUUGUUUCUUCUUGCCAUCAGCAUUUGGUCUUCAUACCUACAUUCAUGUCUAUUGACUAUUGAGUUGUUCUUAUUGUUUGGUUCUUCUCUUAUUGAUACUGCCUCUAUUUGUUACUGCUUGAUA